AUGGAGACGGCUUUUCAAUCACUGUUUACUGCCCCUGAUCAGGAUCAAGACUUUCGUUCCAAGAUCAGGGACUUGUUCGAGUCAGAGGCUCCUGUGUGGGAACCUCUACAGCAACAACUUGAGGCGCUGCGACGGGGACGUCAGCGACGCCUUAUCGUCUCACUGGACCUCCUACGUCGCGAGGAACCCACAAUAGCAAAGCUUCUGUUUGAAAAUCCGCUACGAUUUCUACCAAUAUUUGAGGAAGUCCUUACAGACUAUAUCGCGCAGUGGAAUACAGCACUCGCGGCUGCUGGUGCUGCUGGGCGGGAACGUCAGCGCCUCCAUGUUGGGUUCGAGGGUGCUUUCGGGGCGCUGCACGCGACGCCGCGCUCACUGCGUGCCUCGAUGCUGAACUCGAUGGUAUGCGUUGACGGUAUAAUUACUCGCGUGUCUGCUGUUCGACCCAAAGUCGUAGAGUCUGUGCACUUCAUCCCCGCGAAGAACGAAAUAGUUCACCGCGUCUACCGCGAUGGUAUCUCGCUGGAUGUCGCCCAGAACCGAGGGCUCGGGGCAGCCAUCUAUCCCACCCGUGACGAAGACGGCAACCCCAUGGAAACGGAAUUCGGGUUAUCGGCAUACCGCGACUUUCAGACGGCGACCCUGCAAGAGAUGCCCGAACGUACACCACCGGGCCAGUUGCCGCGCACCGUUGACAUUGUUUUUGAAGCAGAUUUGGUCGAUGUUUGCAAACCCGGCAUGCGCGUCCGUAUUAUCGGCACAUAUCGCGCUCUGGGAGGCAAGACGACGACGUACUUUGCGACCAAGAUCGUGGCCAAUCAUUGUAUUCCGUUGAGCGACACACAGCAUCGCCUCAAGUUUUCUGAACGCGACCUUGCGAACAUUCGUGAGGUAGCCUCCACGCCGGGUGGUAUCGAGUUGCUGACUGCAUCGAUUGCUCCAUCCAUUUGUGGCCACUAUUUCAUUAAGAAAGCGGUACUACUGCAGCUCGUAGGGGGCGCUGAAAAGAACCUCAGCAAUGGCACCCACCUCCGUGGCGACAUCAAUAUCCUGCUCGUGGGAGACCCGUCCACAGCCAAGUCACAAAUGCUGCGCUUCGUACUUCACGUGGCCCCGUCCGCCAUAUCCACUACCGGCCGGGGCUCCUCGGGGGUCGGUCUCACCGCUGCCGUCACCACAGACCCAGACACGGGGGAGCGCCAUCUCGAGGCCGGCGCAAUGGUACUCGCUGAUCGGGGUGUCGUCUGCAUCGACGAGUUCGACAAGAUGAGCGAUGCGGACCGAGUUGCAAUCCAUGAAGUUAUGGAGCAGCAGACGGUAACGAUCGCCAAGGCCGGCAUCCAUACUACUUUGAAUGCUCGCUGUUCCGUACUUGCCGCGGCGAAUCCGAUCUACGGAUCCUAUGAUCGACGCCGCAAACCCGCAGAAAACAUUGCCCUGCCCGAUUCGUUGCUCUCGCGUUUCGAUUUGGUGUUCAUCGUUCUUGACACUAUCUCCCGCGAAAGAGACGAGCUCAUUGCAAGGCAUGUGCUGCGCGUCCAUCAGUAUCGGAACCCCGACAGGGCAGGUCGCGCGGAACUGGCGGGAUACGCCGGCGCAGACGUGGACACGCCACUCGACGAGCGAGCGACGCCUGAAAAUAACGCGCCCCCAGCGGAAGCGACCACCGUGGAGUCAACAGACGAUCAGGGCUUCGAAUCGGAUGCUGCUGCUGCCGCUGGUGCUGCUAGGGCAAGCGAUGAUCCCAUGACGGCACCAUUGUUCGUAUCGCACCAGGCCAACGAAGCUAUCCAGGGUGCUGCCGCGCAUCGCAUCCUCUCCGUGCCGUUCUUACAGAAAUACAUCCACUACGCACGUGAGCUGAGUCCGCAGCUUACUGAAGAGGCAGCGGCGUACAUUGCGUCGCGAUACCGUGACUUGCGAGCCAAAGAUGACGCUCGCACGCUACCCAUUACCGCUCGGCAGCUGGAGACAAUGAUUCGCCUCGCAACUGCGCACGCCAAGUUGCGUCUCAGCCUGACAGUGGACAUCACUGAUGCGCGUGCUGCUUUUGAUCUGCUGAAUUUCGCCCUUUACCAUGAGACUCAAAUCGACCGCGAACACGACGUCGCCAGAGCUGCCCCCGUGCGCUCACCUGACGCGAAUACGAGUCCGGUGUCGGCAUCGGCUGCAGCGCCAUUGCCGCAACGCUCUGGUACGCGACGUCGAACCGCGCCAGCGAGUCGCCGUUUGGAUCCGUUCGCUUUCGAUGACGACGAUGACAAUAAUGGCGACGGUGAUGAUGGCGAUGAGUCCGAGGCCGCAUCCAAUGCAUCCGCGAGCGACGAGCCAUCCUACAGCCCUGGACGGCGGCAAGCAGCGUCACGUUCGUCGAGAGCGUCGCAGCAGCGCAUUCGCCGACGCGUUCGAUCAGGUGCAGCGCUCGGCAGCAGUGUAACGCCCCAGGCGAGUGACAUUGCAGCACAUUCGACUUUGUCGCCGCAGGCAGGCGGCAUAUCCAGCGGCCCGGAGACAAGACCAGUUACCGAAAACUUAGCUGCCCUGCGCGUGACCGGGGAGCGAGUGACCCCGCCCAACCAACAGGCGGACGCUAUGACCGUACCGCUCGUCGAUGACGCUCUGCUCGAGCGCGUCCAGCAAGCUAUUGAAGCCAUUACAUCAGCGGAGCGGAGCGAGUCCACCUCAUUCGAUCAGCUCGUUGAACAGCUCGCAGAUCCAACCAUCGAAAGAGAACAGGUGGAGCGCGCCCUCCAGGCACUGGAAGCAAUGGGCCUUAUCAUGUACCGCUCAAACUUGAUCUUUCGCAUCUAA